AAAGUACCGCUCAUGGCAUCAAUACAGAAAGUACCACUCCUGGCAUCAAUACAGAAAGUACCACUCAUGGCAUCAAUACAGAAAGUACCACUCAUGACAUCAAUACAAAAAGUACCGCUCCUGGCAUCAAUACAGAAAGUACCGCUCCUGGCAUCAAUACAGAAAGUACCACUCCUGACAUCAAUACAGAAAGUACCGCUCCUGCCAUCAAUACAGAAAGUACCGCUCAUGGCAUCAAAUCAGAAAGUACCGCUCAUCGCAUCAAUACAGAAAGUACCGCCCAUGGCAUCAAUACAGAAAAUACCACUCUUGGCAUCAAAACAGAAAGUACCGCUCAUGGCAUCAAUACAGAAAGUACCACUCCUGGCAUCAAUACAAAAAGUACCGUUCAUGGCAUCAAUACAGAAAGUACCGCCGAUGGCAUCAAUACAGAAAGUUCCACUCCUGGUAUCAAUACAGAAAGCACCGCUCCUGACAUCAAUACAGAAAGUACCGCUCCUGACAUCAAUUCAGAAAGUACCGCUCAUGGCAUCAAUACAGAAAGUACCACUCCUGGCAUCAAUACAGAAAGUACCGCUCCUGGCAUCAAUACAGAAAGUACCGCUCCUGGCAUCAAUACAGAAAGUACCGCUCCUGGCAUCAAUAUAGAAAGAACCGCUCCUGGCAUCAAUUCAGAAAGUACCGCUCAUGGCAUAGAUACAGAAAGUACCGCUCAUGGCAUCAAUACAGAAAGUACCGCUCCUGGCAUCAAUACAGAAAGUACCGCUCCUGGCAUCAAUAUAGAAAGAACCGCUCCUGGCAUCAAUUCAGAAAGUACCGCUCAUGGCAUAGAUACAGAAAGUACCGCUCAUGGCAUCAAUACAGAAAGUACCGCUCCUGGCAUCAAUACAGAAAGUACCACUCCUGACAUCAACACAGAAAGUACCGCUCCUGACAUCAAUACAGAAAGUACCGCUCAUGGCAUCAAUUCGGAAAGUACCGCUCAUGGCAUCAAUACAGAAAGUACCGCCCAUGGUAUCAAUACAGAAAAUACCACUCUUCGUAUCAAUACAGAAAGUACCGCACCUGACAUCAAUACAGAAAGUAGCGCUCCUGACAUCAAUUCAGAAAGUACCGCUCAUGGCAUCAAUUCAGAAAGUACCACUCCUGGCAUCAAUACAGAAAGUACCGCCCAUGGCAUCAAUACAGAAAGUACCGCUCAUGGCAUCAAUUCAGAAAGUACCGCUCCUGGCAUCAAUAUAGAAAGAACCGCUCCUGGCAUCAAUUCAGAAAGUACCGCUCAUGGCAUCAAUUCGGAAAGUACCGCUCAUGGCAUCAAUACAGAAAAUACCGCUCAUGGCAUCAAUACAAAAAGUACCGAUCCUGGCAUCAAUACAGAAAGUACCGCCCAUGGUAUCAAUACAGAAAAUACCACUCUUGGUAUCAAUACAGAAAGUACCGCACCUGACAUCAAUACAGAAAGUAGCGCUCCUGACAUCAAUUCAGAAAGGACCGCUCAUGGCAUCAAUUCAGAAAGUACCUCUCCUGGCAUCAAUACAGAAAGUACCGCUCCUGCCAUCAAUACAGAAAGUACCACUCCUUGUAUCAAUACAGAAAGAACCGCUCCUGACAUCAAUACAGAAAGUACCGCUCCUGCCAUCAAAACAGAAAGUACCCCUCCUUGUAUCAAUACAGAAAGUACCGCUCCUGGCAUCAAUACAGAAAGUACCGCUCCUGCCAUCAAAACAGAAAGUACCACUCCUUGUAUCAAUACAGAAAGUACCGCUCCUGACAUCAAUACAGAAAGUACCGCUCCUGACAUCAAUUCAGAAUGUACCGCUCAUGGCAUCAAUACAGAAAAUACCGCUCAUGGCAUCAAUACAAAAAGUACCGCUCCUGGCAUCAAUACAGAAAGUACCGCUCCUGCCAUCAAAACAGAAAGUACCACUCCUGGCAUCAAUACAGAAAGUACCGCCCAUGGCAUCAAUACAGAAAGUACCGCUCCUGGCAUCAAUACAGAAAGUACCGCUCCUGCCAUCAAAACAGAAAGUACCACUCCUUGUAUCAAUACAGAAAGUACCGCUCCUGACAUCAAUUCAGAAUGUACCGCUCAUGGCAUCAAUACAGAAAGUACCGCUCAUGGCAUCAAUUCGGAAAGUACCGCUCUUGGCAUCAAUACAGAAAGUACCGCCCAUGGUAUCAAUACAGAAAAUACCACUCUUGGUAUCAAUACAGAAAGUACCGCACCUGACAUCAAUACAGAAAGUACCGCUCCUGACAUCAAUUCAGAAAGUACCGCUCAUGGCAUCAAUACAGAAAGUACCACUCCUGGCAUUAAUACAAAAAGUACCGCUCCUUGCAUCAAUACAGAAAGUACCGCUCCUUGCAUCAAUACAGAAAGUACCGCUCAUGGCAUCAAUUCAGAAAGUACCGCUCAUGGCAUAAAUACAGAAAGUACCUCCUAUGGCAUCAAUAGAGAAAAUACCACUCCUGGCAUCAAUACAGAAAGUACCGCUCCUUGCAUCAAUACAGAAAGUACAGCUCAUGGCAUCAAUUCAGAAAGUACAGCUCAUGGCAUAAAUACAGAAAGUACCGCCCAUGGCAUCAAUACAGAAAAUACCACUCCUGGCAUCAAUAGAGAAAAUUCCACUCCUGGCAUCAAUACAGAAAGUACUGCCCAUGGCAACAAUACAGAAAGUACCGCUCCUGGCAUCAAUACAGAAAGUCCCGCUCCUGGCAUCAAUACAGAAAGUACUGCCCAUGGCAUCAAUACAGAAAGUACCACUCCUCGCAUUAAUACAAAAAGUACCGCUCCUUGCAUCAAUACAGAAAGGACCGCUCCUUGCAUCAAUACAGAAAGAACAGCUCCUUGCAUCAAUACAGAAAGUACAGCUCAUGGCAUCAAUUCAGAAAGUACAGCUCAUGGCAUAAAUACAGAAAGUACCGCCCAUGGCAUCAAUAGAGAAAAUACCCCUCCUGGCAUCAAUACAGAAAAUACAACUCCUGGCAUCAAUAGAGAAAAUACCGCUCCUGGCAUCAAUACAGAAAGUACCGCUCCUGGCAUCAAAACAGAAAGUACCACUCCUGGUAUCAAUACAGAAAGUACCACUCCUGACAUCAAUACAGAAAGUACCGCUCCUGACAUCAAUACAGAAAGUACCGCUCAUGGCAUCAAUUCAGAAAGUACCGCUCAUGGCAUAAAUACAGAAAGUACCGCCCAUGGCAUCAAUACAUAA